AUGCCACCAAAAGCAGACUGGGAAAAGUACCAGGCUCCUGUUGAAGAUGAGGACAAACAAGAGGAGAAAAUUACUCCAUUGAGUGAAGGUGAUAUUCAAGUGCUCAAAUCCUAUGGAGCAGCUCCAUACGCCACUCAGUUGAAGAAAAUCGAAAAGGAUAUGAACGAUAUCGAGAAUAGAAUUAAAGAAAAGAUUGGUAUUGAAGAAAGUGACACAGGUUUAUCCAAUUCGACUCUCUGGGACGUGACAGCUGAUAAGCAGAGAAUGUCGGAAGAACAACCUUUGCAAGUUGCAAGAUGCACGAAGAUCAUCAAUGGCGAGGGAGAAGGCAGUGAACCCACUGAGAAAUCAAAAUAUGUCAUUAAUAUAAAACAGAUAGCCAAGUUUGUUGUUGGAUUAGGAGAAAGAGUGUCUCCAACUGACAUUGAAGAAGGCAUGAGAGUCGGUGUGGAUAGGACCAAAUAUGAAAUCCAAUUGCCACUUCCUCCAAGAAUCGACCCUACUGUGACGAUGAUGACUGUGGAGGAGAAACCAGAUGUUACGUAUUCAGAUGUUGGUGGUUGCAAAGAACAGAUUGAUAAGCUACGUGAAGUGGUUGAAUUGCCAUUGUUGUCUCCUGAGAGGUUCGUCAAGCUGGGUAUCGACCCUCCAAAAGGUAUAUUACUGUAUGGGCCUCCUGGUACAGGAAAAACUUUGUGUGCUAGAGCAGUUGCCAACAGAACAGAUGCCACAUUUAUAAGAGUCAUUGGUUCAGAACUGGUUCAGAAAUACGUUGGUGAGGGUGCCAGAAUGGUAAGAGAGCUAUUUGAGAUGGCCAGGACCAAAAAGGCAUGUAUCAUCUUUUUUGAUGAAGUUGAUGCCAUUGGAGGAGCUAGAUUCGACGAUGGAGCUGGUGGUGAUAACGAGGUUCAAAGAACUAUGUUGGAGUUGAUUACACAAUUGGACGGAUUUGAUCCCAGAGGUAAUAUCAAGGUGAUGUUUGCCACCAAUAGACCUAAUACUUUAGAUCCUGCUCUUCUGAGACCUGGUAGAAUUGACAGAAAAGUUGAAUUCUCGUUACCAGACCUGGAAGGACGUGCACAGAUUUUCCGUAUUCAUUCUAAGUCAAUGUCAUGUGAAAGAAACAUCAGAUGGGAGUUAAUUUCUCGUCUUUGCCCCAAUGCGACCGGAGCUGAGCUUAGAUCAGUAUGUACGGAAGCCGGUAUGUUUGCCAUUAGAGCCCGAAGAAAGGUGGCUACGGAGAAAGACUUCCUGCAGGCUGUAGAGAAGGUAAUCAAAGGAAACAUGAAGUUCAGUUCCACAAGCAGAUACAUGCAAUACAACUGA